GGCCAAAACUUUCCUCUAAGCUAUUGUUCCUAGGAAAGACUUCGCUGAGUUUAAAGAGGAACAUAGUCAUUGCUGGAGGUGUUGUGCUGUAGUGCAUAAUAGAACAGCGGAAAGAAACAAUGGCAUUUCUCACUACUUACUUCAUUCUGGGUCUGCUCUGUUGCAUUAUCAACAAUCAUUUGGAAAACAAAGGCAGAGCAAGUGCGGAAACAUCUGGAUUUUGUUGCAGAUCAUCUGAUAGUAAUCCAUGUUUGACGUAUUGUACAACUGUUGUCAAUUUUUCAGUUUAUUCUAAUGUUACUGAAGUAAAUAUCACAAGCACUGGAAAAGUGAUUAUUCCACUGAACAUGAGCACUUUGGAAAUGCAGCUGAAUGAGAAUGAAUGGAACAAAGGGAAUGCAAGUGUUAUUUUUGUCGAGUGGAGAGAAUGGAAGUACACUAACAUAUUGUACAAAGAAAAUGGACUAGGAUACACCCUCCCAGUAGCCUCUACACCAGUCACAGUCAUAAUUGCCAAUGCAUCAGAAAAUAUUUUUAAUCAAUCAAUCACCGUAAUUUUCAACAAGAAUUUGAAGGGCGGCAAUUUUGUUUGUGCCCACUUGGUCGUAGAAAAUUGUACUGCUGUGUGGUCUUCAGAGAACAGAUCUGUGCAGCAUGUCACUGAGACAUCUAUUACUUGCUCCUACAAUCAACCCUCCACAUUCACUAUACUGCAGAGAAUCGCUUCAUUAGAGAACAUUGGUAAAGUAGUAUCAAACUUCGGUCAAGGAUACAAAUCAAAACAAGCUACUGCAGGGAAUUUGAAGACAAUGGAAAAUUUAAUACAGAACGCAUCACGCGACAUUGCUAAGAUUAAAGAAGCAAGGCUAAAAAAUGAAAAGAUAGAAGUUGUUAUUCAAGCUUUUCCCAUUAACGAGUUACCAAAUUCAACGGCAAAAUUAUCAGCGGAAUCUGCGAGCAUUGAGCUAUUGUGGGAAGCCAUUAAAGGCGAGAGCCCAUCUGAAUUUGUUUGCAUUGGUAUCGUCAUCCUCAAAGGCUCUCAAUCAGGACUGGACCCCAGUCUCGCGUCAAACGAAUCUGAAGUAAAAUCAAGACUGGCUUCCGAUGUGCUGACAGUGAGCAUUAGUGGCAUGAAAACAGGAAAUCUCUCAUCUCCCAUCAUUUUCAACUUAACUUUGGCUCAGAGGAAAGCAAAAUCUGAAAAUCCAGUAUGUGUCUACUGGGAACAUGGAGGCAAGGCCAGGAAGGAAGGAUGGAAUAUCUUUGGCUGUAAACUUCAUCAAGAUUUGCCAGAAACUACAUCAUGCAGUUGCACACACCUGACCAGCUUUGCCGUUUUGCUUUCCCAUACUCCAAUCCCGGCGGCUGAUGAGAAGAAUCUGGAAUUAAUCACUUAUGUUGGACUGUCAUUGUCAGUUUUCUGUCUUCUGCUCUCAGUCAUCAUCUUCCUCUAUUGUCGUUCCAUCCGAAGCAUUCGAAUUACAAUUCACACACAUCUGUGCCUGAGUAUGCUGCUGGCAGAAUUCCUGUUUCUUGUAAACAGUUCAAAAAUUAAAAAUGAGUUGGGAUGCAAGAUUGUGGCCAUAUGUCUUCACUACCUGUUCCUGGUCUGUUUUGCUUGGAUGCUUCUGGAAGGAAUUCAGCUUUAUUUCAUGGUGGUAAAGGUCUUCCAUUCAAGGAGUCUUCAGAAGAAGUAUCUCUUCCUGGUCGGCUAUGGUUCUCCUCUUAUCAUUGUCAUUGUCACAGCGGCCUACAAUAUUAAUGCUUAUAGUACAUCUAAUUGCUGGUUGAACUUCAAAUCUGGAUUCAUCUUUGCUUUUAUUGGACCAGUCUGUGCUAUUAUCGGAUUGAAUUUAAUUUUCUUCAUUAUUACCAUAUGGAAAUUGGCUGAUAAAUUUUCAAUGCUCAACUCGGACGUACCACACUAUAAGAAAGUGAGAUCAUUCAUGUGUACAGCAAUUGGCCAGCUUGUACUUUUGGGUGGUACAUGGAUCUUUGGCAUGUUUCAUUUCAAUGAGGGGACUGUCGUCAUGGCUUACAUCUUCACUGUAAUUAACAGUUUCCAAGGCUUUUUCAUUCUCAUCCUGCACUGCGUCUUAAACAAACAGGUUCGCACAGAGUUAUGGAACCGUCUUAGCAACAUCUCAACAGGCAUGAGUGUCGACACCAGGAAGGGCACCAACUGGAAGGGCUUGCAGAAUUCACAAGAGUCCAACAAUUUCAAAUCAACUACAAACGUCGUUACUUACAGCUGAGAAUCUGAAGUUCUCUUUGGCUUCUUGCUUUGAUGUAACUACCCUUCCCAUUUUAACCUUGUAUCUCGAGCUGUUGCAACUUCACUACACUUACACAGAGCUUGGGUCAUUCAGCCGUUCUCACUCUCUACUGUGUCUGCUUUUAACUCUGGUCUCUUCAGUCUUCUCUUUAACAUCAACUGCCAUACGAACAGUUUAACUCUGUAGGAAAUAAUUAGUCUUUGACUGAUAGUCACGGCUACCUGGUCAUCUGUACUCCCUUCUGUCAUCCCCUUCAAUGCAGGCAAAAUCAUGAUAGAGGCAAAUUCUUUGAACUAACCCUCCCUAAUCAUUACCCGCCUCAAUUCUAACCUCCCCUACCCAAGCUCAACCCUCCACUACACAGCAGUCAUCCUGUACACAAACUAAGCUUUCCUCUCACAUGUACAUUAUCUUUGCUGUCCGCCAGAAGAGUAUCUCCAAUAUUACUUUAUUGACACAUAUAAUACUGUCUUAAACCUAAACACUUGCAGCCUCCAUAACUCAUCCUAACCUUACACAAACCAUGGUCCUACUUUGUUAGAUUAACUUUUUGAUUUCCAUUCUAUCCUGUCCCAUCCCAUCUGUCUUUAUAUAACCCUAACAAGCCUUCUUUAUCAAAACCUGUACCUUCCUUUGCUCCACCACCAACCAUUUCUACCCCAACAUUAUUGUAGAUAAGAUCUUCUGACUUUAACCCAGAGACUCAGAUAAAUGAGAGUGGUCCCCUGAUAUGUGCAAAGGUGAACCAACUGGGCAAUCAAGAUUUGAUUUUUGUUUACCACGUUGUUCUGUUGUGCACAAAUUAACUGCCAUUUACUUGAUAUUACAAUAUUAGUUAAUCUGAAAAUAUUCUUUAAUGACAUUGCAAUGUCCAGCAGUUCCAAACGAUUCUACAUAAUGCAAUUUGCAGAACCAUGGAGGUUUACAGAACCACAGGAAUCCAUUCGAGCUAUUAUGUUGUAUCCCCUACAGAUGCAGAGACAACACAAUGCAGGUUUAGCUCAAACUCAACAUCAAUGCCCAUUAUUACCCUAUGGUAUAAACUGGCUAGUACAAAGG